AUGCCAUCCUUCAACGAAAUGGGCUCGCCCACCAUACCACCAGCCAGGGAAGAUGUCUUGGAAGAAGUCUUCCCCACAUCUCUGCCACCGCGCCCGCCUCCCAGCCUAUCUCAGCUCUGGAUAGCCCGGGUCUUCUCAUCAAUCUUUCGCCAUCGCGGAAGUACUGGGGCUGACACAUCUAACAACGACAUCGAACUCGGCAGCGGCAUGCCCGCCUCCAGUGGCGUCACCACGCCGCAGUCUGCCACAGCAUCGAGCGGCCAAGUCUCCUCGGUACCCAUCACCAACCAGCAACACAGAACAGGAAGAAACCAAUUAGCUGAAGAAGUUCCAUCGAUCAAUGUCGAGACUCGCAGGAAGAAGAGACGAUAUUUGCUUCAGAGGCUAGCACGGAACGUACCAGAUACGACGAGGAAGGAGUGGCUGACUUGCAUCUCAUUGCUUAUUUGGGUGGGUGUUGUUGCACUGAUGCUCUUGCUUGUGCUUUGGCUGAAGGGGUCAGGGAGGAUAGCGGCGCCGUUCGUAAACUAG